ACUUCGCAAAAAGUGCCACAUCACCAAAAUCGCCCAGACACCAGGCAGAAGCAUGGGCGCCUCGAGCAGCACCGCGACCGUGCCGGAGCGCAAGGACUCGGAGGACGAGAUGGUGCUAAACGGUGCGUAGAUGCUUGUGUUGGUGGUAGUGGCUAGUCGGAAUUUCGGGUAUCUCAACCAACACUUUGAUGCGAACAGACCUGCACAUCGAGACUGGAGACCAGAACGCCGUCAAGAACCUGUUGGACGACACCAUCGUCGAGUUCUUCCAGGGAAAGGAAGAAUUUAAACUGCACUAUGGCUGGGAUAAUGCCAAACUAUUGCUGAUGGUGGUGGCGACGAUCAUCGCGGCCGUGUCCCACUUCUACAAGCACCCCGCAAUCCCGGAGGACGUGCUUAUCUAUUCCUGCGUCGCUGGGUUUUUCUUCAUUCAUGCGCUGUUGUUCGGCUACACCACGUUCAUCGAGAAAGAUAUCCUCCUACGGAUGACCCGAUCGGGAUCGAAUCCCGGUAAGACCAUUCUGGUGCGGACGACGUUCCCUUACACGGAAUCGCACUACACCAUCAGCAUCCAUCAUGCCAACGCAAAGGGAAAGCACCGAAAGGAAGAGCUCUACGUUGGUCGUUACUUUGACAAGGACGGCUACUUCAGCAAAGAGGCAUUUACCAAGGACAUUGAAAUCGUUCUGUCGCGUUUUGAAAACAAGGACAAGAAGCAGUAAGUAGGCACAUUGUUGGAUCAGCUGCGCUUUUGUGGGGCGAUUAGAUGUCGGCUUCAGGGUUCUUGUAGGCUACCAUUGCGUCGACCUUGUGGACCUACAUCAAAAGCCGCACCGCUUAGUUGGAAGAACGCAGAGAAUAAACCUUACGAUUAAAACACAACCACGCACCUUCGUCGAGAACGAACGCAGGCGAACUUCCGCUGAGUCCUUGAUGUAGCGAGGGUCUGACUCCUCCCAC